AUGCUGGGCCUGGCAGUGGCCCUGGCUUUCAGCUCGGCAGGCGCCGCGUGGGCCGCGCGCUCCGGUGGCCGCAUGGGCGGCAGCUCGUUUGGCGGCAGCCGCUACAGCAGCAGCGCGGGCAGCAGCGGCUGGGGCAGCAGCGCGGGCAGCAGCGGGUGGAGCAGCGGCGCGGGCAGCAGCUGGGGCAGCAGCAGUCGCAGCCGCAGCCCCUUCCGCAGCAGCUGGAGCAGCUCGCCGCUGGGCGGCGGCUUGGGCAGCUCGCCGCUGGGCGGCGGCUUUGGGCGCGCCACCCUGCCUUCGUCCACCGGAUCCGUCCGAGCCAACGCCUUUUUCCUCUCCCCCUUUGGCUUUGGGUAUGGCUACCCCACGGUUGGCUUUGGCGGCGGCGGCCUGCUGUCGCUGCUGUUCUGGGGCGCCUUUGCCGUCAUCCUGCUGCAAGUGGCCCAGGGCGUGAUGCGCAACAGCGAAGGCGGGUGCCUGCAGGGCGCAGCCAGGCAGCUGCGGCUCUCUCUCGCCUCGCCCCUAGGCCGCUCCCCACACCACCGCGGCCGCGACGAGUACUCGUACGGCGGCGGCAACAGCGAGGGGUAUGACGAGGUGGUGACGGUGGCCAAGGUGCAGGUGGGGCUGAUGGCCAGCGCCCGGGAGCUGCAAAAGGAUCUGGAGCGCAUCGCAGACAAGGCCGACACCGACAGCCCCGGCGGGCUGCACUACAUCCUGCAGGAGACGGUGCUGGCGCUGAUGCGCAACCCGGACUACUGCCUGUACGGCUUCGCCAAGUCCAAGCGCGAGCGCUGCGCCGAGGACGCCGAAACCGCGUUCAACCAGCUGUCGCUGCAGGAGCGGACCAAGUUUGAGCGGGAGACGCGGGUCAAUGUGGGCGGCCGCUCAGGGCGCAGCAGCCUGGCAGACAAGAAGCCGUACAAGGAGGGCCAGAAGGAGCUGAUUGUGGUGACUCUGCUGGUGGCGGCGGACGGCAGCUUCAAGGUGCCCACGGUGGACUCGCGCACCAGCCUGAAGCAGGCGCUGUCCAUGAUGGGUGCUGUCAGGGCUGACGACCUGCUUGCUGUGGAGGUGCUGUGGACCCCUGAGGAAGAGGACGACCACUUCACAGUUGAGGACCUGGCGUAUGACUACCCCACCCUCAACACCCUCUGA